CGUAAAAUUUUACAAAUAUUUAUUUAAAUGUGAUAUAGCAACCUCGUCGCCGCUGGCUGCAACUAUGUAUGCACGAGGCACUUCGAAAUGACAGCUUCUCAGAUCAAAUGAGAUAUUGGAAUUCCUCUUUCGGCUCUCUCGAUCUAACCUCCGUCCUCAGAGUCCUCCCCUUCUCUCUUACCCUCAAGAAAUCACCACCAAGCUCUAAUAUCAGAUUCCACACAAGUCUGGCCUCCUCACAUACUCUACGCGAGCUUCAAACCCCAGAAAACCAUUCCAACUGCUUUCGUGUCCAAUCCGAAUUCUUGGCUUCAAUCCAGCGUUCUGGUUCACGCAGCAAAUCCGGCCUACUUCAAGACGCCCUCCUUGUGCUCGACGAAAUUCACCAUAAAGAUCCCAUCUUAUGGAACGUUUCAAAGUUAAGUUCUGCUCUCCGUACUUUCAACCAAAGCUCUCAAUUUGAUUCGACCGUGAGAAUUUUCAAAAUAAUGCGCUCGGCAGGCUUACAGCCCGAUCAGUUUGCUUAUGCGAAUGUGAUCUUGGCCUGCACAGCCAUGCAGAAAUUUAAUCUGGGUAACCUGUUUCUCUCUCUUGUGAUGAAAGUUGGAUUUCUUACAAGUGGGUAUGUUCUUAGUGGUCUCAUAGACUUGUUUGCCAAAGGUGGCUGUUUUGUUAAAGCUCUUGAUAUAUUCCUAUAUGGUUAUAGUGAUAAUUUGGUCUGUUGGAAUGCUGUCAUUGCCGGGGCAGUUCGAAAUGGUGAAAGUUGGAUUGCUUUGAAGCUUUUCCACCAAAUGGUAGAAAGUCUGUGCAUGCCGAAUGGUUUUACUUUCUCGAGUCUUCUAGGUGCUUGUGCCGCUGUUGGGGAACUAGAUGUGGGAAGGACAAUCCACGCAUGGAUUGUUAAGUUCAAUCAGCAAGACGACAUCUUUGUAGGAACAGCCGCCAUUGACCUUUAUGCAAAGUGUGGUGACAUGGAUGCAGCGGUGAAGAUGUUCUUAUCAAUGCCUGCUAGGAAUGUGGUUUCCUGGACCGCCCUGAUUUCUGGUUUUGUGCUGGAGGAAGAUGGUGAAUCUACACUCAAAUACUUCAUAGAAAUGUUGAGAAAUAACAUAUAUAUUAAUGCAUACACUAUAACAAGUGUACUCUUUGCAUGUGCUAAAUGUUGCAUGGCAAACAUUUCUUAUCAGAUCCAUGGUUUGAUUUUCAAGUCUGCCUUAUAUACCGAUCCAGCGGUAAAUGCUGCUUUGAUCAAUUUAUAUGGUAGAAUUGGAAAUGUUCAAAUGUCUGAGAAGGUAUUUAAGGAGGGAGGCAUGGAAGUGCAUCUUAUUAACUGGUCUGCAAUGAUUUCUAGCCUUGUCCAGAAUCAAUACUUUAGUAGAGCACUAGAACUUUUCCUGCAAAUGCUAUGUGAAGAUCUAAAACCUGAUAAGUCAUGCAUUUCCUGCAUUCUCAGCAUUGUUGACUGUAUAAUUUUUGGAGAACAGUUGCAUAGUUAUAUUGUUAAAGUAGGAUUGGUAGAUGAUUUGCUUGUUUGUAGCUCUAUUUUCACCAUGUACUCCAAAUGUGGCAGCAUUGGAGAUAGUUAUGAGCUGUUUGGGCAAAUGCCAGACAAAGAUAGGGUGGCAUGGACAUCAAUGAUCUCUGGUUUUGCUAGGCAUGGUAAUGCAAAGGAAGCAUUUCAAUUGUUUAGGGAGAUGAUCCUUGAAGGCAUUAAACCAGAUGAUAUGGCUCUUUCUGCCGCUUUUACGGCUUGCAAUAGUCAGAUUUUUCUAGAUAAGGGGAAGGAAAUCCAUGGUUUUUCCUUUCGUCAUGGACUUAGUAUCGCCACCGUCAUUGGAAGCUCAACCAUAUCAAUGUAUUCAAAAUGCAAAGAUAUAGAGUCUGCAAGAAGAGUGUUUGCUUAUAUCCAAUGCAAAGAUCAGAUUUUGUGGUCCUCUUUGAUCUCUGCUUAUUCUACAAACAACAAGAGUGAGGAGGCAAUCUUGGAUUUCCAUCGGAUGACUACAACUGGUUUGGAGAUUGAUCAUAUUACAUGCUCAUCCGUCCUUGUGGCAUGUGCACAAUUGUUUAGACCGAUUUUAGGGACGCAAAUCCAUGGUCAGGCAAUUAAGGCCGGUUUAAUCCUUCAUAAUUCUGUAGCUAGUUCGCUAUUGACUUUGUAUGCAAAGUGUGGGAUUAUAAGUGAGUGCCGUAAAUUAUUUGAUGGGAUACAAAACCCUGAUUUGACGACAUGGACAACAAUGAUUGAAGGAUAUGCUCGACAUGGGAGAGCUAAGGAAGCCCUUGAAACAUUUGAUCUGAUGAAGAAUAAUGGAAUGAAACCAGAUUCAGUUACAUUCGUCAGUAUCUUAUCCGCAUGCAGCCAUAACGGUUUAGUAAAUGAAGGAUUUUUCUAUUUUGAAUCUAUGAGUAGUGACUAUGGGAUAGAACCAGAGACGCGUCAUUAUUCAUGUAUGGUUGAUUUACUUGGUAGAGCUGGAAGACUGAAGGAAGCUGUUGAUCUCAUUGAUAGAAUGCCAACUGAACCAGGUUUGCUGGUGUGGAGCACAUUACUUGGUGCUUGCAGAGUUUAUGGUGAUGAAGAAAUUGGAGGUUUAGCCAAAAAGAAAGUGCUUGACUUUGAAUCUCCUGACUCUGGAGCUCAUAUUGCUGCCUCAAAUAUGUCUGCUGACAUUGGGGAUUGGGAGCAAGUUGUGCGGAUAAGAAGUUCAAUGAAGGGAUUUGGUAUGAAGAAAGAGCCUGGAUGGAGUGCUUUGUGAAGAUGAAGGAUUCUAAAGAAACUUCUACAUCGAGCAAACAUUUUUUUGUUUGAUGCUUCAUUUGGCAAAAGGUUUAAGGAAAAACUCAUGGUCCUCAUUUUUCCAAUUUGAUUUUGACAAAGGAUGAUACUAUUGAUGAUGAUGAUGAUGCUAUUCAGACUUUUUUCCCAUCAUUCCUUCCAUUUCCAAGUUUCUAGUUGUCUCCAACAAAAAUUUUGUUGAGAAUUCAUAAGAAGAACCUGCUAAAAUUCAUCCAAAGGAUAUGGUGGGAGGUUUAAGAAAAAACUCAUAGUCCUCAUGUUUCCCAUUUGAUUAUUGCUAAGGAUGAUACUAUUGAUGAUGAUGUUGCCUUCAGACUUUUUCCCAUCAUUCCUUUCAUUCCCAAGCUUCAAGUUGUCGCUAACAAAAAUCUAAUUGAGAAUUCAUAAGAGUUCUUCUGUUGUCAGAAUUUUAUACUUGAAUAAGGUCUCUCCACAUCUAGUAUUGCAGGCGAGUAGUUGAGAAUUGUAAAGACCAUAUAGAUUGAAGGCUGGUAUGGUUUUGAGUUUUCUGCAGAGAGAACAUGAAGCUUGGGGACAUUUCAGAUUUGUAGUUGAUCAAGUCAAAGGGAUUGAGGCUUCGUUUGGGAUGUCUUCUUUACUGUGUCUUAAAGCAGCAUUAUAGUACAAAAAUUUAAUUUUUGUACUAAAAAUUUACUUUAAGAAGCAAUAAAAAAGCUGUCCCAAACGAAGCCUAAACGUCUCAACAUCAGUGGAAGGAUAAGCCGCAAUGUUUCUUUGCUGUGUUAUGCCAUUUAUUGUUGGGUGUAAUGUGAUGCAAACUACUGAAU